UCACCUCUCCCGCAAUAUCUACACGAGGUGCUCGCAUUUUUUCUUCUCUUUCGUUAUACGUCGCUGUACGUCGCGAUCGCAGAACGUUUCGUUAUUUACACGUUUCGUAAUGUGGCGAAACAUCGAUGAAGCAUCCCGUGCGGAGCACCCGUUUCACGUACCAUCCCCCUUGGAACUUGAAAAUAUCGAGAGUUCGAUUUGAGUUAGGUCUCCUGCAUCGUUACUACUGGACAAAAACGGCAAAUCUGGAUAACACUGUCGUCCAAAGAAUAUUAUUGUUUAUGCAAAAUAAAUUAUUGAAAUGGCAUCAAUCUUAAAAACCAUUAACGGUUUUCAACUGUUCAACAAAUGUUUAACGAGAAGUCUCGAUGUGAUAACAGUCCCCAGUCGAGGUAAAAGGAUGAAUCCUGCACCUAAGAAACGUCACCCCGAGUGGCUUCCAAAACCAACACGCGUGCUCUAUAAUGAAGGCCUCACUUCAGAAAAUAAAGAAUUCCUCAAUGAAGUUGUAGCACAGAAUCUAGCAUCGCAGUCACUUAAAUCUCCACUGAAUGCCGAAUUAGUUCAAUCGACACAGACAUGGACUAAUGGUUCUAAACGUACUGGUUUAAUCGGUAAAAAGAUAGGAGUUUAUCCGAUGUGGUUAAAAAAUGGAAGAAAAGUAUUAACUACCCUGAUACAGAUCAUAGACAAUGAAGUUGUAAAGUAUAUACCACCAGAAGAAUAUAAUCCAGUUGUGAAAUCUAAACAUCCUAAUGUAAGAGUAAAAAAUGGAUGUCUAGUACUGGGUGCUGUGAACAUUGAUCCACAAAAGAUCACUAAGGCAUACUCUGGAAUAUUUGAUACAGCUGGAGUCACACCAAAGAAAACGUUAAUGAGAUUCACAAUUUCUCCCAAUGCUGCACUCGAACCAGGAACUCCUUUAAGUGCAUGUCAUUUCAAACCAGGAGACUAUCUCGAUAUACGAGGGAAAACGAUAGAUCGUGGCUUUCAAGGUGUCAUGAAAAGAUGGGGAUUUCACGGCAUGCCUGCGUCCCAUGGUGUGACGAAAACACAUAGGAGACCAGGUAACAUUGGCUCGGGAGGCGAGAUGGCAAGAGUAAGGCCUGGUACCAAAAUGCCUGGGCAUAUGGGAAAUCAUUGGCGCAUCCUUCGUGGUGUCAAGAUACUACGAAUAAACACCAAAUAUAAUGUAAUUUGGGUAUUGGCUCAGAAUGUACCAGGAGAGACGAACACCAUGUGCUAUUUGUACGAUACUGUCCUUCCAACUAGAAAGAAUGAGUCGCCACAUUUUCCUACCUAUUUUCCGAAUGAAAAGACAGGCGAAGAACUUCCUGAGAAUCUUUACGCGGACGACGUUCAGCCGUUCGAUGCUCCCACUAUCGAAUUUCAGCCGGAGUCAUCGUAAUGGUAAUAGCAUAGCAAAUAAACAAAAUACUUUUUAAUGUGUCAAA